UUGUGCUGCUCUGGAUGGACAUGGGCUUGACUGCUGACUUCCUGCAUGUCUUGGUCAACCUGGUGAAGUUCAACAGCUGCUACUUGGACCAGAACGUCUCUCUCAUGGUCCAGAAAAUCUGCCUCUUAUGUAAUCGGACUACAUCUUCAACCGACAUUGAGGUGGCACUACAGGUGCUGGAUGCAGUGGUGUGUUACAACUGCCUGCCGUCCGACUCGCUGACCAUCUUCAUCAUCACACUCUGCCGCACGGUUAAUGUCAAAGAGUUCUGUGAAUCCUGCUGGAAGCUCAUGCGGAAGGUGCUGGGGACUCACCUGGGCCACAGCGCCAUCUACACCAUGUGUCACAUCAUGGAGGAGAGGGCCUACUCUGAGGAUGCUGCUCUGCUGCGUGGUGCUGUGUUCUUCGUUGGCAUGGCGCUGUGGGGAGCACAUCGACUCCCUGCGCUGAAGAACACCCCCACACUGGUGCUGCCAUCCUUCUUCAAGGCCAUGACCUGUGCCAAUGAAUUGGUGUCAUAUGAAAUUGUGCUGUCCAUCACACGACUAAUAAAGAAAUAUGGCAAGGAGCUGCAAGUGGUCACCUGGGACACACUGCUGGCCAUCAUUGAAAGACUUCUCCAGCAAAUCCAAACAAUAGGCAGUGCGGAGCUGAAGGCCAUCGUGUACGAGCUGCUCAGCACCGUGGAGGAGCUGUAUGAACAGAACGGGUACCAUGGCUCCUGCGACAAGUUCUUCAGUCUGGUGGAAAAGUGUGCCGAUAAACGCCCCGAUGCUUCAGUGCUGACUCUCAUCUCAUACCGUGCCCAAUCCAUCCAACCAGCCAAAGAUGGCUGGAUCCAGAGUCUACAUCGGCUGAUGGAGAAGUUCUUCAGGAAUGAGACCCGUAGCGUAAUCCGGAUUAAAGUCCUUCACAUCCUCUCAUUUGUCCUCAGCACGAACCGCCAACUCUAUGAGGAAGAGCUUAUAGAAGUAGUGGUGAUCCCACAGUUGGGUCAGAUAGCCGAGGACAAGGACCUCCUGGUCAGGAAGCAGGCCACCCAGCUGCUGGUCGACCUGGCGGAGGGCUGCAGUACUCAUCAUUUCAACAGCCUGCUGGAUAUCAUUGAGAAGGUGUCCAGUCGGCCCCUGGUGUGUGGCUCCAUGGACGGGGAGAGGGACCUCACUGCAGAGUCACCCAUGGAGGAUGUGAAGACGGCCAUCUUGGGCCUCCUGGAAAUCUUACAGAGUAAGAUGUACAGCCUGCCUGCCAGCCACGCCAGUCGAGUGUAUGAGCUGCUUAUCAGCCACCUGCAGCUGCACUACAAACACAAGUACAGCUCCGCCAUAGCCAGCAGCAUCCGCCUACAGGUGUUUGACUUCUUACUGCUGAUGCGAGCCGAUUCGCUUCAUCGUCUUGGUGUUCCAAAUAAAGAUGGGGCGCUGCGGUUCAGCCCCUAUUGUCACUGUGAUAUGGGUGAACCUGAAAAGAGGGUGAAUGAGAAGAAGCCAGCAGGCUCAGUGUCGCCCCCUGCUGGAAGUCCUGUUCCUGCUGGACCGCCCUCUUCCAUCCGCACAGCCUAUCUGCCCUACAGUCUGGCCUUCAGUGUGAUCCUGCAGUGCCUCAAGAUGGAGGCCGAUUGGAAGGUGCUGAAGCUCGUGCUGGAUAAGCUGCCGUGGAUGCUGCAGUACAAGGUGCUCCUGCUCACCUCCCCCUGCAGCAUUGACCAGCUCUGCUCCACACUCUGCUCCAUGGUGACAGAUCGUAUGAUUGCGGAACGCCUGAAGAAAACUCCGGAUGGAUUUGCACGCACCGAUGUGCAGCUAGCAGUGGUGCCGGUGCUCACCGCCCUCACCUCUUACCACAACUACCUGGAGCAGCCCAGACAGCGGGAGCUGGUGCAGUGUCUGGAGACGGGUCUAAUCUGCCGCUGUGCCAAGCAGUGUGUGGUGGCGCUCACCAUGUGCACGGUGGAGAUGCCCGACAUCAUGAUCCGGCUGCUGCCCGCCCUCAUCGUCAAGCUCACGCACAUCUCUGCCACCGUUGCCAUGGCAUCACCCAUGCUGGAAUUUCUGUCCACUCUGGUGCGGCUGCCUCACCUGUAUGCCAACUUUGUGGCAGAGCAGUACGUCAGUGUGUUUGCCAUCUCCCUGCCUUACACCAACCCCUUCAAAUUCAAUCAGUAUAUAGUGUCUCUCGCCCACCAUGUGAUUGCCAUGUGGUUCAUCCGCUGCCGACUCCCCUUCAGGAAAGACUUUGUGCAGUACAUCACCAAGGGUUUGCGUUCUAAUGCACUGCUGCCCUUCGACGACACUCAUGAGCAGAGCAGCUUUCGAGCUCGCAGCACCAGCUUAAAUGAACGGCCCAAGAGUCUGCGCGCGGCUAAAGUGGUGAAGCAGGGUCCGAGUAGCAACUCUCCCAUUAAAGAGCUGAAAGAUCUGUCUGCCAUGGACGCCUUCCGCUCACGGAGCAUCAGCGUCUCCGAGCACGCGGUGCGCAGGAUGCAGACCUCCAACACCACCUGCAGCCUGGGCUCAGCAGACGAGAACGCUGUGCUGCAGGCCGACGACACGCUCAAGACGGUGCACCUGGAGCUCACCGAGACCUGUCUGGACAUGAUGGCCCGCUACGUCUUCUCCAACUUCUCUGCUCUGCCAAAGAGGUCUCCCAUUGCAGACUUCCUGCUGUCAGGAGGCCAGAGUAUGACCUGGCUGGUGGGGAACAAGCUGGUCACCAUCACCACCAGCGGAGGCGUCCGCUCUCAAGCCCUGCUGGGGCUGGACAUGACCGAACGACCUGGAGGAGGGGGGGAGAUGACCAGGUCCGACCCGUCCCUCCACACCAGACAGACCAAAGAGGCUCCAGCCAAACUAGAGUCCCAGUCCAGCCAGCAGCUCAGCAGCAGAAACACUCGCAUACGCGUGCGCUCCAUGUCAGGUGGCCAUGCAUUGCGUUCAGGCCCGGCCCAGAGUCUGAGCCCGCUGGUGUCUCCCUCCGAGGGGGAUCUGUGUGGCCCUCUGCCCCCUCCUGGGCCCCCUCUGGAGGGCCUCGGGUCCCUACGGGCGUCGGACGACCAGAGCUCCUCCUCCACCAGUGCCCCCCCGCCCAAGGAGAAGGCCAGCCUGGCUGAGUUUGUGCCCAUGCUCACGCAGGGCUGGGCCGAGAUCUUCAUCCGCAGACCCUCAGGUAACACCAGCUGGUUGAUGUGCCUGGAGAACCCCCCCAGCCCUUUCUCGUCUGAGCUGGGCAACAUGCCCCUGCAGGAUCUGUCCAGCGUGCUCAUGGCCAUGGACGGCAUCAAGGAGCCGCCUGCCACCACCAGCACCGGGGUCGGAGACGAGGCCGAGGCCGACGCCGCGCCGCAGCAGCAGCCCCUCACCAAGCCUUCGCUUAUCCAGCGCUCCAACACCGUGGGCUCUCUGACCUCACUCUGCCCGUCUGAGCUGCAGGGCAGGUUGACCAGGAGCAUAUCCUGGGCAGACUCAGUGGUGGUGUUGGAGGAGGGUGGCGGUGUGAGGGGUCCAGAGUCUCCGGAGCUGGAGGAGUUUGAGGCCAUGCCAUCAGAACCCAUCUUCAUGAGCGCCGACAAGUUCAGCAAGACUACCCCCGCCCCCCCACUGAGCAGGUCGUCCUCCAGCUCCAGCCAGGAUGAUGAGAAGUCUACCCUGGAGGAGGUGAGUGAGGGGGCCAUCCCCAUUGACCAGCCCCCCCUCACACUCUCCCCUGCCGGGCCAGAGGACGCGGACCUGCCCUUCCCACACUCCCAGACGCUCAACAAGUCCAGCUCCUCGCCAGAGCUGCAGACCUUACCUGAGGCCUUCGCUAAGGCUGCUUCGGGCUCUGGGCCUGGGGUAGGCGACGGGCCCAGGGUAGGACCUGGGAGUGGGGUAGGCGAUGGGCCUAGGGUAGGACCUGGGACUGGAGUAGGCGAUGGGCCCAGGGUUCGCACCCCUGUGGAGGGGAAGGCCCAGGGUGAGCGGGAGGCAGGCGGGAGUGAGGCGGGUGGGCAGGGUGACUCUGCAACAACAACAACAACAACAACAACAUCAGUGGCAGCAGUGGCAGGAGGAGGAGGAGGAGGAGGAGGAGCUGGAGUGAGUGGAGGUGCCAGCGUGUCCUCGUCCUCCUCGGCACCUCGCAUGCGUCUGGAGUUCCCUGCCCCGCCACAGCCAGGGCCCCUCUCUCCAAGUGGUCACCGGCCCCGGGGCCACACCAUAUCAGUGUCGGCCCCCUCCUCCCGCCGCGACAGGAAGAUGGACAGAGACUCGUACCACAACAGGCCGGGACCCUCCAACUCUGAGAAGGCCAGCGGACUCAGCCCCAGUUUUGUCUUCCUGCAGCUUUACCAUUCUCCCUUCUUUGGCAACGAGGCCAACAAGCCCCUUCUGUUACCCAAAUCUCAGUUGAUUGACAGGGCGGUGAAGGUGCUGGAUCAGAUGCCCCCCUAUGACACCCAUAAGAUCGGUGUGGUGUUUGUGGGAACAGGCCAGGUGAAUAAUGAGGUGGCCAUCCUGUCCAAUGAGUAUGGCUCCAACCGCUACGCUCACUUCCUGACAGGCCUGGGGAAACUCAUCCAUCUCAAAGACUGUGACCCUGAUCAGAUCUUUCUGGGGGGCCUGGACCAGUAUGGGGAUGACGGGGAGUUUACUUACUGUUGGCAUGACGACAUCAUGCAGGCCAUCUUCCACAUCGCCACGCUCAUGCCCAACAGGGAGUCGGAUAAAGGCUGCUGCAACAAGAAGAGACACAUUGGGAAUGAUUUUGUGGUCGUGGUCUACAACGAUUCCUCUGAGGAGUACAAGUUGGGCACCAUCAAGGGCCAGUUUAACUUUGUAGAGGUCGUCAUCAAGCCCCUGGACUACGACAGCAACCUGGUCACGCUGCAGUGUCGUAAAGAUCUGGAGGGCUUGGUGGACACCAGUGUGGCCAAGAUCGUAUCAGACCGGAAUCUUCCGCUGCUCGUGCGGCAAAUGGCCUUGCAUGCUAACAUGGCAUCUUUAGUGCACCAGUACAGAGCCAACCCCUCCGACGCCUACGCCUCCAAGUGGCUGGCCAGGCUACGGCACAUCAAACGGAUCCGCACUCGGGCCCAGGAGGAGAUCCAGUCUCGGCCCACCCCAGGGAUCUCCCUCACCCAAAGCCACGCCUCUAUGCUGAAGAAUGUCCACCAGCAGGGGGGCUCUGGCCAAUCGGACUCAGGGCAGCGGAAGAGGCUGGUGUCCACCGUGGAUGACUUCACAGACUUUGUGUGAGCAUUUAUGAGCUCAUCUAAAUAAGCCUGUUUUUUUGUUUCAGACAGAAAUUCUAAUCCUGCUUUCUGCAGCUCUAUACAUCAUGCACACAUAACUGCCACACCCACUUUCUCACUGCCUAUGAGUUGCUCAUCUAUAUAUCAGAGUUGGUGAUCUUUCUGCCCUCUUUCAGACAUCAUCAUCUCUUUCACACACACACACACACACACACACACACACACACACACACACACACACACACACACACACACACACACACACACACACACUCUCAGCCAUGCUGUGCUCAGCUGAUUACAGCCUCUUUGCCAAACCUUGUGUGUGUAAAAGGGAGAUCAUAUUGCUGGCUCAGAAGUUGCACAGAAGAAUGGUCAAGGAGACACAUGCUAGAAGUCUCCAGAAUCACAGAUAUAUUUGCCAAUUCUUGCCAAACACUACCCCCCCCCCCCAACCCCACCCCACCAGCCAUGCAGUGAGGAUAGGGAAGGCACAUGCUUGUUUGUGUGUGUGUGUGUGUGUGUGUGUGUGCGUCUAUUUGAAGUUCCUUUAUUAAGCAAGAGAAACCAAGAUGGCCUUAGGAGAGUAAUAAUAGAAACACUAAAAUGGGAGGGUGGGCUGUAUGGCUGUGUUUGCAUUUGUGUGCUUCAAAUAAAACGUUUAUCAAACAAAGAAA